GACCUUAUACUAACUUGUUUCUUAUUUGGCAAAAGAAAAUUAACAAAUUUGACAUUUUUGACCAAGUAUAAAGUCUGCUACUUAUUAUUAUGCUGCCAGAGAAUCUACACAGAAAACAAAAAUUCCCAGAAAAAGAAGAAGAAGCUGAUGAUCAUAGGAUCAUCGUCAUCUCUGUUCAAAAACAGAGUAUUUUGAAUCAUUAAAAUAGUGAGUUUGCCUCAGAUUCUUGUCUUUAAUAUGAAACAUCGUAAGAAACGUACAGUUUUGGCAGCCAUUCAAAUUCCUAGGAGAUUUUUGUUCUGGUGUAUUCUUCUUCUUGUCUGCUUCGCUGGAUUCACUUUUUCCUCUGUUCGUCUUCUUUUUCGAGGGUUCUAUCCAUGGCGGCUGGCGGCGAAGACAGCGAUCUCCGGUGUUUCACCGGAAUUUUCAAUUAUAGAAACCGUUGAAUUCCCAGAUGAGACGCUUGUUUUCCUAAAAUACCCUCCUUUAACUCCCUUAUUUACCAAACAUGACAUCGACUGUCUCUACCUCACUCCUAAUAAUUCUUCUCAAUCUCCACACUCAGUUGAAAAUGAUGAAUUUUUGAGCCAACAAAUAAUCCGCUGUCCUCUGAUUAAGCCACGUGGCAUGCUGACGUCACUUUCCGUCAAGCCUACUGGUCAUACUUUCCCAAUCGGGCCCACACGCCGGUGGCAUUCUUUGGCCUAUGAGGCCAUGAUUGAUCACGAUAACACAACUAUAGUUUUUGUCAAAGGCUUUAAUCUCCGGGGCGGAAAACAAUCCGACCCGUCAAAAUUCAAGUGUGUUUAUGGUUGGGAUGUUAAGAAGCCCAAGUUAUUGUUACACUCAGAUGUCAUAUCCAUUGCUCAAGAAAUUGUUAGAUGUGAAACUCCAUUGAGCAUUUUGAAUAAUCCACAGAGGUUUAUUGAUAGUAACAUGGAUCAGCCUAUUAAGGUUUCUGUUAGAAUGGUUGGUAAGGAACCUUUACAGUCCAUAGCGAGUCCUAAACGCCGUCUUCAGCUCAACUUGCCAGGUCAAAAACAGCAUCAAAUGUGUGUGUGCACAAUGUUAAGGAACCAGGCCAGUUUCUUGCAAGAAUGGAUCAUGUACCAUAGCAAAAUCGGAGUACAACGUUGGUUCAUUUACGAUAAUAACAGCUUGGAUGACAUUGAAGAUGUUGUUAAGGUAUUAUCAGUGGAUCAGAAUAUAAACGUGACCAGACAUGUUUGGCCUUGGAUCAAGACUCAAGAGGCUGGUUUUGCUCAUUGUGCGUUACGAGCAAGGGAUGUAUGUGAGUGGGUUGGUUUUAUGGACGUGGACGAGUUCUUCCACUUGCCUACUGGUCUGUCAUUACUUGACAUAUUGAGAAAUCAAUCCCAGAAUUCUAAUAGUAAUGUUGCUGAGUUGAGGGUCUCAUGCCAUAAUUUUGGACCGUCAGGUCUCAAACAUGUCCCGACACAAGGGGUGACGAUGGGUUACAAUUGCAGGAUGAUUGCACCAGAGAGACACAAGAGUAUAGUGAAACCAGAAGCAUUGAAUUCAACACUAAUCAAUGUAGUUCAUCAUUUUCAUUUGAAGUCUGGGUUUAGGUAUGCUAAUAUGGACAGAAAUGUGAUGGUGAUUAACCAUUACAAGUACCAAGUGUGGGAUGUGUUCAAGGAGAAAUUCUACAGGAGGGUAGCUACUUAUGUGUCUGAUUGGCAACAACACAGAAAUAUUGAGUCGAAAGAUCGUGCCCCGGGUUUAGGGACACGAGCUGUUGAACCACUGGAUUGGUCUAGUCGAUUCUGUGAAGUUAUUGACACUGGCCUAAGAAAUCGAGUAGCAGAGAUGUUCACAGACCCAAACACUGGUAAUUUACCCUGGCAAAAAUCACUGACAUGAUCUGAAGUUUUCGACUUAGUGAAUACAGGGGGUGAUAAUUUCUUUUUGUAUUAUUUGUACAUGAAAUAGUCGACAUAUUCUUUUUGUACAUGAAUUUACGUCACAACCAAAAGAUAAUUUGAAAAUGAAAGUCGAAUGUUCUAUGUACCUGUACUUGUAUCUGGUGAAAGUCAAACUCAUUUUUAGCAUCUUAUGACGUGCAUUUCUUUGUGAUUC